AAUAUGAUGUCCAGUCUGCGUUUUGCUCUGUAACAGUAAAGUGGUCAUAGAAAAGCUGAAAUAAUUCAAAUAAGUACAUAUAUUGAGACAUACAUAUGUACUAUAUAUGUAAAAAGCAACAAAGAGAAAAUGUCAAUGAAACAGUGUACUGCCGUGUUAUCAGUGUUUUAUAUUUUAUAUUUAUUACGUGCAACAAUAGCGCUUCAAGUCCAAUCUUCGGCACAGCCAACGGCAGAUCGACGCUUAAAGGUUGGUGUUUACUAUGAGACGCUUUGUCCGGAUAGCAGGACAUUCAUACGAAAUUCACUUUACGACGCGAUGAUUAUCAACGACUGGCUAAAAUACACGGAGCUUCAACUAGUACCAUAUGGGAAAGUCACGUCUUGGACAGACCCAACUACGAAUAUAACAACACUUUAUUGCCAACAUGGACGCAGCGAAUGUGAAUUAAAUGCACUACAUGCCUGCAUUGUGGAGCACAAUAAUGUGAAUGACCAGAUGAAAUUGAUAAGAUGUCUAUUGACGGGUCAUGCAACAAGUCUGGAUGAGUGUGCUAAAAACUUGGUUAUUGAUGUGAGCGCGGUGAAGGAAUGUAAAUCUACGCGUAGCACUCCAGAUAUAUUGAAAAAGUAUGGGGAAAUGACGGACGCGCUGGACAUAUCUUUCGUGCCAUCAGUAACAUUCGAUGAUAAAUUUGAUCGUUGGCGUCAACGUUACUUUAUAUACAACUUCCCGGUAAUAUUUUGCCGCGAGUACAACAACAAAUUUAAUAUUACCUUACCGCAGUGUUAAUAAAAAGGAAUUUUUUAUUCGAGUAUGUAUGAAAUAAAAGAAAAUAAAGAAAUCUUAAAUCGAA